AGGGCACUGUCGGUACAAGAGGUAUAUGUGAACAGUUGCUGUUUUGUGUUUAACUAAAACUUUUGAAAGGUUUGUAGACAUCGCACUCAACCAUGGCACCAGGUGAUGUUAUUGUCAAGGGAUUAGACCUGGUUUUCGAAGAUGGGAAAACUGUAUCGUACGAUUUGACAGGUGAUUUGUCCGAGUUGUACGAUAAUCGAGCUGAAGUAAAACGGGGGAUCACUUACAAGAUUGUUUUAAGGUUUCAGGUUGUUGCAGAACUUGUUCAAGGUCUUCGACUUUUUUGUGAUUUUAAACGAAAAGGCAUUCGAGUUGACAAGAUCCCGAGCUCGAUUAGGAGUUAUGUAAAAGGUGAUCACGAGUAUCAGUCGGAAACUUAUGAAAUGCCACGCGGGUUCCUAGCAAAAGGACCUUACACAAUGGAGUUCCGAUUCAAAAAUCAGGAAGAAACAUUUCUUGAAUGGGAGAUUCCAUUUGAUUUGGAAUAGUCCUUUAAUAUAAUAUGCUAAUGCAUGUUUUGUAUUACUCAGAUAUUCCAACUAUUUACUCAGUUUUAUUAAACCAAUGGAUAUUUAA